ACAAUCUCCUGUGCAGCCACAGAGAAUAUAGGCAAAUAACCUAUUAUAUAACUUGGUCAUCAAAUAUUUGUGAUAACAAUUUCAAUUUCAUCGUAAUCGCAAGUAGAAGUGCGUUUGAUAAAUAAUAAACAAACACACCAAAACCGUCUUGAUUAAACAUCAGUUAUUUCAUAUCUAUAGAUAAUAAUUAAAUGUAAAAAAAUGCAAACUUUUCGCUUAAUUAAUUUUGUUUCAUUUCUCGGUAUUUGAUUAUUUUCGUUAAAACCAAAUUACAUAAUCGUUUUUUUCACCCAAAAGUUUAAUUAUGUCGGGAUAUGUAUUAAAUCGUCUGUCAAAACUCCCACUAUCUCCUUUGUUAAAAUUACGUGUUCAACCAUUCAACAAAAUCCAAUCAUGUGCUAUUAUUUCCCCUUUAUCUCAAAAACAUUUUCUAAGGGUUUCGUGUCAUUAUAAUUGCAAUACUUUAAUACCAUUGAAGUUAAAUUACAAUCCUGUCAUGAUAAACAACUAUUCAACCGAGAAAAAAUCAGACAAUGAAGAUAUUUCUCCCAAUAAAGAUGAUUCUGUUCAAUCUGCUGCAGCUAAAGUUAAUCAGAGAGCUAAAUUAAAACAAGCAGUUCGAGAUUAUGGUGCUACAAUAAUCGUAUUCCAUGUAACUAUUUCUCUAGCAUCUUUAGGACUGUUCUACUUAGCUAUUUCAAAUGGUGUAGAUGCAGUCAUAUUAUUGUCAUUUCUGGGUUUCCCGGAAUCUGUGAUAACAAGUAAAGUUGCUGCUGGGGGAAGUACCUUUGUGAUAGCAUAUGCUGUGCAUAAAUUAUUUGCUCCUGUUCGAAUUGCCAUAACGCUAUCUGUUGCACCAUUCAUUGUUAGAUAUUUGCGAAGAAUUAAUUGGUUAAAGGCUCCUGUGAAGAAAGGCAGUUAAUAGCAUCAUAUUGUUGUGUGUAAUUGCUAUUGCUCAUAUUUUUUAAAUAUUAUGAAAUAUUUUGUAUUUCAUUUGGUUCAAAUUAUUUUUAAGUUAAAAAUUAUGGGUAUUAUGUAAUAUUAGAAAGCAGAUGAUGGUAAUACCUCGAACUCCAUACCACACACGUAAAACCUUUCAACCAUGUAUACACUUUUUUGACUAAUUAUUCAUUUGUAUGGAAGUAAAAGUUUAAUAAUCCACAGUUAAUAUUCCAAGUAUAAUUUUUAUUCUAGUUGAUAACAAUUGAAUUUUUUUUUUUAAUAUUUUGCAAAUAGAGGACUUACUUUUAGGUCCCAUUAAAUUAGGUUCCAAAAAUAUUCUUUUUUGAGUUUUUAAUUUGUACGUUGUAUUUAAUGAAUAUGUUUUUAAUCCCUUGAACUCGUGAAAUUGAUUAGGAAUUUGAACCUGCGUGUUAUGUCAAGUAAUAAGAAAAAUCUGUUCCUUUUUUUUAUUACUCUGCCUAUGUUUAAAACACUUGUUACAUUAUUUUGUUGUAAUUUAUCUUGUUCUUUGCAAAUGAUUUUUUUUAAUUCUUUAAAUUUGGGUUUUGUUGUAAAUACUACAGUAUAGUUCUUCUUUACAAGCAUAUUUUCAAUGAAUGAUUUUCUUACAAAUAUUCAUUUGUAAAUUUUGAUUGUUUAAUUGAAUAAAGUACUUUUUCUGAAGUACAUUUUUGUAUUAGAAAUAGAUUUUUGAAAAUAAAAACAUAUUUUUUUUAAUCUGU